CAUCUGAAAGCAAGCUUGGUCAGUUUGUUUGCAUACGUCGUAGGUUGUUGUACUCACUGUGUGUACUUGAUAUGUGCAGUGUAUGUGGUACCGCGCGAAGCUGCUGACCAUCACUGACAGAUAUCCAUGCACUCCGCAUAGAUCGAAGAUCGCCAAUAAGCCAUUCUUACACAGUGUUUUCUUUUUUCCUUUCGCCGACUAGGGUGUGCAAAAAAGUGAUCGACAAGCCUGUUUCGUGUGCACGCGCGUUGUCCUUGUCUCGAAGGAUAUACACACUGCAAAUUACAUAUAGGUACAACCAGUGCGCGCUCGCGAAGGGCAUAAUUUUGUUACUGAGUUGUUUGUAAGCAAACUAAAGUUGAAAAAAUGGUGUCCGGCGGCAUGGCGUGCGUUAAAUACGUGCUGUUCCUCUUCAACCUGAUAUUCGCGAUAACCGGGAUCGUGUUCAUAGCAGCGGGCGCGACCGUACUCAUCAUGUACAAGGGCUACAGCAACUUUGUCAACAUAUGGGUGUUCAUGGUACCGGUACUCGUGAUCGUCGUCGGCGUCGUUGUGUUCACCACUUCGUUCUUCGGCUGCUGUGGAGCCGUCAAGGAGAACCACUGCAUGAUCAUCACGUUCUCGCUACUGCUGCUGUUGAUCUUCGCACUGGAAACGGGAGUUGCAAUUACUGGUUAUAUGAUGCGCAGCAAGGUCGACUCGAUGCUCGAGAGCUGCUUUAACGACACCCUCGCCCAGUACAACACGAGGAAGGAUUACCUGCAGUCCUGGGAUAUCAUACAGUAUGACUUGGAGUGCUGUGGCGUGCACGGGCCGACCGAUUGGCAGCGCGCCGGCUUCAUCGGCAAUCGUCUGCCCGCGACCUGUUGCAAGGAGCUCCCGAUAAACAACCGCACCUGCGAGUUGAACAGCGACCCGGGCCCUUACUCCAGGGGCUGCAAACAGGCCCUUCAGAACACGCUCGAGAAGAACGGACUCAUACUGCUCAGCGUUGGAAUCGGUGUCGCUCUCGUUCAGCUGCUCGGGGUGAUCUUUGCGUGUUGCCUGGCUCGUUCGGUCCGUCGCGAGUACGAGACUGUAUAUUGAGUCAUUGUAUACAUCGCUAAGUAAAACGGCUGAUGAGGUGGCUUU